AUGCACUUGAUGGAAGACGACAAUACCAUGGCUAUGAGGGACGCGACGAAUAAGGAGGACGAACCUCCUCGUCGAGUCGCCCGAAGCCAUAAGCGACGGUCCAAGACUGCCGCCUUCAAGGGCAUGAUGAGUGACAUGAGCGAUCGGUCGUUUGGUAGCAUUCUGGGUGGGAGAAAGGGGGGAAGAAGAGAGACCCCAUGUAACUCAGAUAUUGACUUGGAUAGUGAUUCUGACACGGAUGCGUCGGAUGGGGAGUCAUCGACAGUUGGUAUCGCCCUCCCUACAAGUAUUCAACCCAUCGAUGAGUCGAGCAAGAUGCGGAGGAGGAGAAGGUCUGGACGUUCCGGUGAUGGGGACGCCAUGAAAAACACCAGUAGCCGACGAAAAUCCAACAGAAGCAGAGAUUUAAGCGGCAUGAUACCUCCCAUGCGGAGGGUAAGAUCGGGUAGUAGCCGAAUGGCCAUGCUGGGGGGAAGGAAAUCCGUAUCGGAGGAGUUUGCCGACAGCGAAGAGAGUAGUGGCGUGUUGCAAAAUGCAAGUUGGGGUGGUAGAACUCCGCAACGAGUUACCCCCGGCAGGAGCAAAUCCAGCAGCGCCAUGGCCAUGCUGGGACGCGGAACUGGAGUAAUGAGGAAUCGCGAUGUUCCACCCAAGCCAGGCAGGAAGACGGAAUUAUCCCCCAUCGCUAGAACUCCUGCGCGAGCAAUGAGUAGGGCUAAGCUCCCGGCAUUGUCGCUACGGUCAAAAUCAGCUUGUUCCGAUAUAAUGGAGAUGCAAAAUGCUUUGGCUGCUGGUGCCAAUGAUGCUGCCCCAAAAAGGCCAACUCGCAACUCUGCUGAUACCGCUCCCAAAAGUCCUGUGCGCCGAACCAUCUCUGGGAGUUCGUCUCUUCGCAGGAAUAUGUCGGCUACCAAGGCGCUUGGUUCCUUGGCCAGUCGGUCGAAAUCGGCCGCUUCCGAUUUAAUGGCCAUGCAACAAGCUUUGGCUGGGGGGAUAUCAACCACCGGCUUGACACGAAAACCAUCCAUGCUCUCCAGAAGGGCGGUUUCCAGAGAAGAGCCGGAACAAGAUCCAUUAUUUAUUGAAUUGGCCAAAUGGAACCCCAGGGAGGAAGAAGAUCGUGCCAAAUACGAUGAUGUUGCCGUCAAGAGGCUGCUGCGGAGAAAGCCUGACGCUGCUAGGGCCAAAUAUGAAUUCAAAUUAGGUGGACGGGGAAACCUGAGCGUCUUGCGCUAUCCCUUAUCCGCCUUGGUGGCGCUGGGUGCCAGUGUCGAAACAAUUCGCGCGGCCGUCAAGGCAUGCCCCGAAGCUUUAAGGCCGUCCCAAGACUUUCGCAGUACCGCCUUGCAUGCGGCUUGCAGCACCAACACGAAUUUGGAAGUGGUCAAAUUCCUUUACAGCAAGUAUCCCAAUGCCGUCAAGGAUACCACCAAUUACGUCUACCUGCCUUUGCACAAUGCUUGCCAAGCAGGUCUUCCGGAGCCCUGCUCACUGGACUUGAUCAAAUUUUUGGUGGAUGCCUACCCUGAAGGUCUCAUGACAAUCAAUAAACUGGGCGAUACACCCGUGCGUACUGCGCAACGCAACAAACAUGUGUUGCCGGAAGUUUUGUCAUACCUGGAAGAAGAAACUGAUCGCGUAUUUAAUAUGGACGAAAAUGAAGUCACGAGGCGGAGUGUGCUCGAGCGGCAAUCAUGGGGAUCGGGUCAAAUGAAUGACGAUGCGAGCAGGGUAGCUGCGAUACUCAACCAGAGUCUGAACGGCCUGAAUUGGACAGAGCAUUCAUCGGCAGAUAAUUCGUCGUCAGAGCUCGAUGCGAGCUACAGGCUAAAGAUGAACGAUACUUCCGAAAAGAGCUUUGAUGCGGACGAAGAGGGUUCAUGUCUGCUGUCUACUCUUCCUCGCCUUGACGAGUAA